GUUGACCCCGAAGACAUUAUUCAUCACCUUCAGAAUCUCCGCAUGCCGUCCGAGAGCGGCUCCUCAACGGGCCAGACAGCCCAUCUCACCCCCUUCUCAACCCCGUACGCCAGCCAGCGCGACAUCCCCAAGUACCGUAUCCCGGAGAACGGCGCUCCUGGAGACACCGUGUACGAGAUGCUCAAGGACGAGCUGGACCUGGACGGCCGGCCGAAUCUCAACGUGGCCAGCUUCGUCGACACGUACCUGGACGACAACGCGCAGAAACUCAUGGCCGAGAACAUGGGCAAGAAUCUGGCCGACAAUGACGAGUACCCAGCCAUGCUGUCCAUCGCGAACCGCUGCGUGUCCAUCCUUGCCCACUUGUGGGGGGUGCAAAAGGGCGACAAGGCCGUCGGCUCGCCGACCGUGGGCUCGUCCGAGGCUAUCCACCUGGGCGGGUUGGCCAUGAAGCGGCGGUGGCAGGAGCGCCGGCGGGCGCAGGGCAAGGACACGUCCAAGCCGAACAUCAUCAUGGGUGCGAAUGCGCAGGUCGCGUUGCUCAAGUUUGCGAGGUACUUUGAGGUAGAGGCGCGCGUGCUGCCUGUUUCGGAAAAAAGCAAGUUCUGCUUGGACCCGGACCUGGUGAGGGAGAAUGUUGAUGAGAACACCAUUGGGGUAUUUGUGAUCUUGGGGAGCACGUAUACUGGGCACUAUGAGCCGGUGGAGACGAUCUCAAAGAUAUUAGAUGAGUACGAGGAAAAGACGGGCGUGUGGAUUCCGAUUCAUGUGGACGCUGCGAGCGGUGGGUUUGUGGCUCCGUUCACAUAUGCUGGGACUGGUGGAUGGAAAUGGAAUUUCGAGCUUGCCCGAGUCGUCUCCAUCAACGCAUCAGGCCACAAAUACGGACUUGUCACCCCGGGCGUUGGGUGGAUAGUGUGGCGGGAUCAGUCAUACCUCCCCAAAGACCUUGUCUUCGAGCUUCACUACCUCGGGGGCACCGAGGAGUCCUACACGCUCAACUUCUCACGCCCCGGCGCGCAAAUCAUUGUGCAGUACUACAACCUAAUCCACCUUGGCUUCCAAGGCUACCGCGAGGUCGUCGAGAACUGCUUAGCCAACGCGCGCAUCCUCUCCAAGAGCCUUGAAGCCACGGGCUGGUACACCUGCGUCAGUGACAUCCACCGCCCCGCCCCGACCAACCACACCACCUCCUCAACCACCGCGGCCGCCGCAUCCGACGCUGCGCACCGCGCCAAAGACGCACUCACCUCCGCGGCAACAACAGGCCGACUCCUCGCCGGCCCGACCCUGGGCCCCGCUACCCCGCGCCAAAACAACAACGUUGAAACCUCGGCCGCGUACGUAGCCGGCCUGCCCGUCGUCUCGUUCCGCUUCGCCGACGAGUUCCGUCGCGAGUACCCGCACAUCAAGCAAGAGACUGUCUCGCUCCUGCUGCGCGCGCGCCAGUGGAUCGUGCCCAACUACGCGCUGCCGCCGGGGGAGGACGACACCGAGAUCCUGCGGGUCGUGGUCCGCGUCAACAUGAGCUUUGACUUGCUCGACAGGCUGGUGACGGACGUCGUGCAGGUGACGGAGACGCUGAUGCAGAAGGACGAGGUGGAUCUGUCGAUCCUGCAGGAGCAGCAGCGGAAGGGACCUGUUGUGAAGAAGAAGAAGGAGGAUGAGGAGGAGGAAAAGGAAAAGGAGGGGGAGGGGAGGAAGGUGAAGAGGGUUGGGGAGGAGGUCAAGAAGAGGAUGGCGGAUGGGAUUCAUCGGACUGUGUGCUAG